AUGUGGCGCCGCCACCUCCUCCGCCGCCUCCUACCAUCUCCGGCCACCGCCGGCACCCCCUCCCCGUUGGUUCGCCACCUCUCCACGACCCCCACCCCCUUCUCCACCACCGAUACCACCUCCAUCGCCUCCUCCCUCGCCGCGGCGGUCACCAAGCUCUCAUCCACCCCGGCCCCCGCCACCUCCCCGGACGCCUACUUCUCCCUCCACUUCUCCGACGUCCGCCCUACCAACGCGCUCCUCGCCGAGACGCUCUCCCUCUCCCCUCCCGCCACCUCGCGCGCCGCCGCUGACCUCUUCCGCUUCCUCGUCCGCCGCUCGCUCCACCCCUCCGACGGUGCUCUCGCUCUCGUCGUCCGCCACCUCGCCCGCCGCCGCGACUUUCCCGCCGUCCGCACGCUCCUUCAGGAGUUCCCCUCCGCGCUAGGGCCAGACACAGUCGACGCCUACCUCUUUCAUCUGGCGAGAGCUGGGCGCGCCACGGACGCGCUCAAGGUGUUCGACGAAUUGCCUGGGGAGCUUCGCACCCGUGGGGCGCUCACUUCGCUGGUCUCCUCCCUCUCGUCCGAGGGCUUCCCACAGCUUGCAGAGCGUGCUGUCAAGAAGAUCGCCCAUGAGAUCUUUCCGGAUGACAAUAUUUGCACUUUGCUGGUAUCUGGUUAUGCUGAUGCUGGUAAGCUUGACCAUGCGCUAAGGCUGAUCGGUGAGACACGAAAUGGUGGGUUCCAGCCAGGUUUGGAUGCCUACAAUGCUGUUCUUGAUUGUGUUUGCCGUCUCUGCCGCAAGAAAGACCCGUUAAGGAUGCCUGUAGAGGCAGAGAAGUUCUUAGUUGACAUGGAGGCCAAUGGCAUUCCCCGUGAUGCGGGAACGUUCCGGGUGCUGAUAAAAAAUCUCUGUAAGAUUCGCAGGACUGAGGAUGCAAUGAAGCUGUUCCGACAAAUGGGCGAGUGGGGAUGCUCGCCAGAUGCUGACACAUAUCUUGUGCUUAUCAAGAGCUUGUACCAGGCUGCCAGGAUCUCUGAAGGGGAUGAAUUGAUGAUUUGGAUGCGGUCUGCAGGUUUUGGAGAUAAACUUGAUAGGAAGGCAUAUUAUGGGUUCAUCAAGGUUUUAUGUGGGAUUGAGAGGGUUGAGCAUGCUGUCAAGGUGUUCCGCCUGAUGAAAGGAUACGGGCAUGCACCUGGAACGAAAUCAUAUAGCCUGCUGAUUGAGAAGUUGGCUAGGCAUAACUUAGGGGAUCGUUCAAAUGCACUGUUCAGGGAGGCAGUAGCGCGUGGGAUUACCGUGACACCAGGAGUCUAUAAGAUUGACAAGAGGUAUGUGAAAGAGAAGAAGGAGAAGAAGGUGAAGAAAAAGCUGACUUUACCGGAGAAGAAGAUAUUAAAGAGCAAGCGGCUGUACAAGCUCAAAAUGAGCUUUGUCAAGAAGCCUAAGCGGCGAAUGAGGGCUUGA